AUGGAAAACACAGACGAGCUCGUGUCCAUUGAGCUUCCAGCUCCUCCUUCAUGGAAGAAACUGUUUUAUCCGAAGAGAGCAGGUACACCAAGGAAGACAGAGAUUGUGUUCAUGGCUCCAACGGGUGAAGAGAUCAGCUCACGCAAGCAGCUUGAGCAGUACCUCAAGGCUCAUCCUGGGAAUCCUCUCAGCUCUGAAUUUGAUUGGACUACUGGGGAGACUCCAAGGAGAUCUUCAAGGAUCAGCCAGAAGGUGAAGGCUACAACCCCUACUCCUGACAAGGAACCUCUCUUGAAGAAGAGACGCUCUUCUCUCACUAAGAAGGAUAAUAAAGAGGCUGCUGAGAAGAAUCAACAAGCAGAGGCUGCUGACAAGAACGGACAAACAGAAGAAGAAGUUAAGGAGAACAAAGAGAGUGAAGAGGCUGCGACUGAGAAGGAGAACAAGGAGGAGGAAAAGACUGAGGCUGAAAACAAAGAGGGAGAAGCUGUGUUGGACAAGAAAGAUCCCAUGGAAGUGGAUUCCUCUGAGGUUGAGAAGAAGGCUGAGAAGGAGAACAAAGAGGGAGAAGUUGUGACGGACAAGAAAGAGCCUGUGGAAGUGGCUAGCUCUGAGGUUGAGAAGAAGGCUGAGAGUGGAGGGAUAGCUGAAGAAACUCCCAAAGUUGACACUGAAAUGAAAGAACCACAGGAAGUUGUUACUAAAGGUGAUGGAGAGAAGAAGCUUACAGAGAAUGAGACUGAGAACAAGGGCAGCUUGGGCGCUGAAGCAAACGGAGAAGAGAAUGCGACUUCUGGUAAGCCUAACCUUGAUGCAGAUGCUAAUAAGGGAAAUGAGACCAAAGAAGAGACCAAAGAAGCUGACGAGAACAAGACAGAUGGUGAGCAUAACUUUGAUGCAGACGCAGAAGCUAAUAAGGGGAAUGGGACACAAGAAGCAGCAGCAGCUGUAGCUGAGGAGAAAAGUGAUGACGUGAAGGCGGGAGAUACAAAGAGAGGCUUAGAGGCGAAUCAAGUCCAACAGCAGCAGGGUGCUGCAGCGUCCGUGAGCUGUUAAAAACCUAUCGUUCUGUAUAGAGCGUGGAGAGUCUGUUGUUUAGUAUGAUUCAGAUGUAGCAUUAACAUUAUGAGUUGUUGUUGUACGUGCUGGUAGAACUGAUGUGUUCAUUAUCAUUUAGACUCUUGAACUUUUCUACUGUUGUUCUAUAUUGUACUUUUGGUAUGUUGUUAAUGUUAUUUAGUCUGUUUCUGUUCUCAUAGUAUUUGGUUGGAAGCAAAGUGCGAAAGCGAGA